AUGUCGAAGGAUGAUCUAGAACAACCCGAUGUAUUUCUCUGCAGACAGUGGAGCACGGAACCUGAUGACGUCAAGCACUUGCAGAAUUGCGUCCUCGUCAACGUAGCGGGAAACGCCAGUGACGAAACCUGCUUCACACUGAGGGGGUUCAUUUGUGAAUACCAAAAGGCUUCACAGGGCGAUGUCGGUUGCGCUGACGGCUGGAAGGAGUGGCUGACGUCGUGCUACUACAUCAGCGACACUCGGGAUCCCACAGAACUUUUGAACUGGCAGGACUCCCUGGCCGCGUGUCAGAAGAAAGGGCCGGGUCAACCCCCGAGUCUGGUCAGCUUUAACAACACUGCCGAACUGAAAAAGGUGACAGGUUUCUUGGCUUCGUCUGUAAGUAAAAACUAUUACUGGUGGACAGGACUGAAUGACCAAACGACGGAGGGACAUUGGGUUUGGGCCAGUGGACAAGCUGCUGACAUGUCUGUCAUACGCUGGGGGUCGUCGCCAAGUGGGCUGACAAACGUUGAACAGUGUGGGCUGGUUCGUAGCAAUGGUCGCAUGGAAUCGGCGCAGUGUGCGCAACUUAACCACUUCAUCUGUGUUAAAGACGCUAAUGCCGAAGGCUCGUUGUUGUAUGCCAAGUUUGGUUGCCCUGGAUCAUGGACUAGGGCUGGACCCAAGUGUUACCUGUUUAACCUCAACCUCACAGUAACACGUGACGCCGGCCAGGCUACCUGCAAGAGAGAGGGUGGGAACCUGAUAAAAGUCGAGUCACAAGAUGAAAGUACCUGGUUGGUGUUGCAAUCGAGACUGUUAAAUUUAAACAACGUGUGGACGGGUCUACAGAGAACUGCUCCCAAUGUUAACUCGUGGAAGUGGUACGACGGAACAUCGCUCAAUCCAGCAUUUAUCUCGUGGAGCCGCGAACCAAACGACUUCAAAGGACUGGAGGAUUGUGCGUUCAUCAACCAAGAUGGUUCGUUCAUCGACUCCUCGUGUUUCGCCGGGGCAGGGUACAUUUGUGAAAUGCUGUCAGAAAACGCCCCGUGUCCAGCGGGGUGGAUCGCCAACGACGACUCUGGCGAGGGCGGCACGCCGUGUUACUACAUCAGCAACACGACGUCCACGUCUCUGGUGUCGUGGUUCGAGGCUCGGGAGCACUGUUUGAAGAUCUCCCAGCACAACUCGUUCCUCCUGGCGAUCAGCGACGACAACGAGCAACAAUUCGUUCAGGAACAGCUUAUGUCACUAAAAGCGACACCUAUCGGCUGGUGGACGGACCUGACAGAUGUCGCCACAGAAGGGGUGUGGCUAAACGCCGACAUUACGGAGCAACCUAGACCUGAUUCAAUAAAUUGGGCAAGGGAACCCAACAACUUUAAUGGGGAUGAAAACUGUGCGGUGUUCUACUAUGGCGGACAAUACAACGACUUGAAGUGUGACGCUAAAACCGCCGUUGUGUGCGAGAGAAAAGCAAUCCUGACGCCGAGAUCAGCCCCUCAAGUUCAAAAUACAUCGACGAGAACUCGUGCCACCUUGACUUUCGGGAUUCAAAUGAUUGUCCUGGUCGUUUUGUUCUUAUAGAACAGUUAAACAACAUUCGUUUAAAAACAGACCUGUGUGUUAUUGAUGUGUGCGCACCCGUGUAUGGCCUGUGUGUUUGUAUGUGUACAUGGGUGUGUCUUAACAUUGCUAAUUAAUGUGUUACAGAUUAAAGUUGCAGGACUAUUG